GAUGCGCUGUUUGCCUGUUGUUGAGCGUGAUUGACUUAUUGGAAGCAUGCUGUGAGGAGGCACGCGUGCUGAAGGACUGCCAAGAUACCCACCCUACCUGCAUAGGCAAACCGGCUACGGCGGGGAGUAGCAAAACCUGAGUUGUUAUUUAGGGGGCGUCACAGUGACAACUCUCACAUGGAAGUAAGUGAAGAAGAAACUGCUCCGCUGGUGAACCGGGAGAGGAUGAACAGCCAUAGGUCAAGUUCUGGACUUGGGCUGCAAGUCCAUCUGUACUUCAGCCCAACUCAAAAGGGUGAAAUGACCUUUUGCGUAGCCUCAGGACAGAUAUCUGCGGAGGAUAUCUGCACUGUCGCUGCUAAGGAGUGCGGGAUCUUGCCUGUGUACCACAAUUUGUUCGCCCUGGCUUCUGAAGAUCUCUCAUACUGGUUCCCACCUUGCCAUGUUUUUAAUUUGGAUGAAUACUUAAACCUCACCGUUCACUACCGAGUCAGGUUCUUUUUCUCAAACUGGUUUGGACAGGGAAGUAGGAAAACAUAUCGCUAUGGCCUGCCAAGAAGCCGCAUCAGCGCCGUGCUGGACUACAGCGUCAUCGGUUAUCUGUUUGCACAGUCACGCAGUGACUUUGUGAAUGGGAAGGGGGACGUGUCCCCCCCACUCAGUGUUAGGGAGGAGUGCCUGGGUUUGGCCGUGCUGGACCUAUGGCGCCUGGCCGAGGAGCAGAACCAGAGAUGCCUAAAGGACAUCUGCAAGACGAUCAGUUAUAAGUCAUGUCUGCCUGAAAGCCAUCGGCAGAACAUCCAGCAGCUGAGCCGCCUCGCUCGCUUCCGGAUACGCAAAACCCUGAAGCACUUCCUCAACAAGCUGGGCCGCUGUCCAGCGGGAGGCCACAGCCUUAAGCUGAAGUACCUGAUGGAGCUGGCAGCGGUGGAGCCCAGGCACGGCACCGAGUGCUUCCAGGUCCGCACCCCAGGCUGCAGCUCGCUGACCGCAGAGCCCAGUUCCAAGUCUCUGCUAGUCUCUGGGGAGACGGGCAUCCAGAGCCGAACCCCAGACACGGACUGGCAAACCUUCUGUGAUUUUCCGGAGAUAACUGAGAUCAGCAUGAAGCAGGCAUACCUGGAUCAGGUCCCGCUGGAGAGUAGAAUUGUUACGGUGACACGGCAGGACGACAGACGCUUGGAGGCGGAGUUUCAGACACUGUCAGAGGCGCGGUCAUUUGUUGCUCUGGUUGAUGGCUACUUCAGGCUGACCACAGACUCUAGUCACUAUUUUUGCCAGGAAGUUGCUCCACCCAGCCUGCUCCAUGACAUUGAGUGCCACUGUCACGGACCAAUCACGUCCGAAUUUGCCAUGCACAAGCUGAAGAAAUCUGCUCCAAAAAGUGGCAUGUUCCUUCUGCGACGGAGUCCUCAAGACUUUGACAAGUACUUCCUCACUGUCUGUGUUCAGACACCUUUAGGAAUGGAUUAUAAGGACUGUCUGAUUGUGACAGACAAAGGAUUUCGCCUGUCAGGAGUUUCCAGCUCUUUUCCCACCCUGAGGGCCCUCAUCGCAUUCUACCAGGAGAAUGAACUUCUUCUGGCAGAUCUCCCCACGAAGCUGGGGAGGUGCUGCGCACCUCGACCAAAAGAGCUCACAAACAUGAUCAUAAUGCGUAACGGUUCCAAGGCAGAGGAACUGGGAUCCCCUACCGUGCCGAGACGGAAAGCUAGCAGUGUCCAGUUUCACAUGAUCAAGAAUGAGGACCUGAAACUGGGAGAGAGUCUUGGACAAGGAACUUUCACACGGAUUUUCAAGGGUUACAAAAGUGACGUGCGGGAUGGAGAGAGAAACGCAACGGAGGUUCUGAUAAAAGUUCUAGAUAAUGCGCAUCAAAACUGCUGGGAGUCAUUCUUUGAAGCUGCCAGCCUCAUGAGUCAGAUUUCACACAAGCACCUGCUUUUGGUCUAUGGGAUAAGUGUGAAUAGAUCUGAGCACUUAAUGGUGCAGGAGUUUGUGAAGUGUGGAGCCCUGGAUCUGUACCUAAGGAAAUGCCAGGGAUGCGUCCCGGUCAGCUGGAAGCUCGACAUUGCCAAGCAACUGGCCUGCGUCCUCAACUUCCUGGAAGAAAAAAAGAUCCUCCAUGGACAUAUUUCAGCCAAAAACGUGCUUCUGGCAAGAGAAGGAGAUCCCUCCACCGGCAGCUGCCCCUUCAUCAAGCUGAGUGACCCUGGCAUUAGUGUGACGGUCCUCGAGAGAGACGUGGCCCUAGACAGGAUCCCGUGGGUGGCCCCCGAAGUCCUGGGGACGCAUGAAAAACUGGGCUUAGAUUCUGACAAAUGGAGCUUUGGGACCACGCUGUGGGAGAUCUUCAACGAAGGGAAGCCGCCUCUGCAAGGCCGGGACCCCCAGCAGAAACUGCUCUUCUAUGCUAACCAUGAGCAGCUUCCCUCGCCAAAGUGGACAGAGCUGGCUGAUCUGAUUGGCCGGUGCAUGGAUUAUGAGCCUUCAUUGCGUCCUUCUAGCCGUGGGAUAAUCCGGCAGCUGAACAACCUCAUUACUUCAGAUUAUGAGCUUUUAGACCCCGGAGCGAGCGCAGUCUCUGAUAAAGACAGCUUCUGGAGAACAAUGAACAUUUCUUACCAGGAGCAGUGUUCCCUGUAUGAGGAACGGCAUCUGCGCUACAUCAGCGCCCUUGGAAAGGGUAAUUUUGGCAGCGUCGAGCUGUGUCGCUAUGACCCUCUAGGAGACAACACAGGGGAGCUGAUUGCGGUGAAAAGACUGCAGCAAAAUAAGCAGUCCAGCAUGGCAGAUUUUCAGAGAGAGAUACAGACCACCAGCUCCUUACAUUGUGACUACAUUGUGAAGUACCUUGGUAUUUGCUACAGCAUGGGUCGCCUAAAUGUAAGCUUGGUGAUGGAGUAUUUACCCAACGGCAGUCUGAUUUCAUACCUGGAAAAGAACCGGGAAAAUGUUAGCUGCAGGAGGCUACUUCUCUUCGCUUCUCAGAUCUGCAAAGGCAUGGAGUACCUACAGAGCAUGCGUUACGUCCAUCGUGAUCUGGCUGCUAGGAACAUUCUAGUGGCAAGUGAAUCACUAGUGAAAAUCGCAGAUUUUGGGCUCACCAAAAUAAUCCCCUUUGACAAGGACUAUUACCGGGUGACCAAACCAGGGGACAGUCCGAUAUUUUGGUAUGCACCAGAAUCGAUCACUGAAUCCAAGUUCUCUCACAAAUCUGAUGUGUGGAGUUUCGGCAUUGUCCUCCAUGAGCUUUUCUCCUAUUGUGAGCACAAUCAGAAUCCUAAAAAGUUAUAUCUGCAAAAGGUUGGAAAGGAUAUGCAGAUUGCCUCCAUCUCAAUGCACCUUGUCAGUGUCCUUAAGGACAAAUGGAGACUGCCAGCUCCCCAACACUGUCCACAAAGGGUGUACAGCAUGAUGCUGAAGUGCUGGGCUUUCAGCACUGAGGAGAGACCCUCCUUCACCAGCCUGGCAGAAAUGAUUGACACUUGCAUCCAGGAUGACAGAGAGAGCUCCAAAGGAUGAAAUGCUCUAAUCCUCUCCUGACAGCUUAUUGAACACCUUUUCUACCUUUUUGUAGCAUUUAUGUAAAUUACCUUUCAUGUAUUAUUCAGUGAUAUUCAGUGAUUUUCAUAUUACAGUGGAAUCUGCUUAUAGUGAGCACCUCUGUGUGAGUGAAAUUGAUCACUAAAAUCAGAUGAUUAUUAUAACAAUUUUUUUCAACAUACAGUACAGCUUUUUCAAACGCUUUCCAAAUUACAGUAUUGUACAAAUUAAAUUAUCGAACUAUGUAUAAUUCAAAUACGCUAUAAUACUGUAGCCCCGGCGGCAUCUGCACGUCCCGCAUGCCUCGCGAGUGCCUGUAUAUAGCACCGUGUAUGUCUUGAAUAUAGCUCAUGUUUGUCUUUUUUAGUGUAGGUACUUGUGCUGUGUAUCCGGUUCUCGUGUGUACCUCAUGUGUGAGUACAACCACAGCCUUGCCUGAUUCUCGCGUGCCUUAGCCAUCGUGUAAUUACCCGCCGUGUGCAUGCGCCUUUCCGUUCCCCGUGUUUCCCUGUUAUUCAUGGCCUUCGCGUUAUUGUUGCUCCUUGUGCUGUCCCUUUGAGCAGUAACAUAGAAACAGCUUUGUGUCAGUCUGCCUCUCGUCAUUUUCAUUCGCUGCUGCCGCGAUUCCUCGGCCUACUCAGUGCUUCGAUACGGUAUAAUAUUGUACGUAAAGUAUAGCUUAUUGUAGUUUCGUCAUUGCAUCUCGGUGGUUUGUUUUUGGCAGUUUAUCAUAAGCUUCAAUGAGUCUGUAUGUAUCAUUGAGAGAAAAUGACUUUCUUUUUCCCAUCAUGUUUUUUGUGCACACAGCAUCAGUAAAUUAGGGUUACCAAAGUUUAAAAAAAAAGUAAAGUUAAAAAAAUAAUAGUGUAGUUUUAAUUUUUUUCUGUAUGGUGUCAUGUAUUAAAAGACCCAAAAUGAACGCCGUAAGCAGACUGCUAGAUUACUAUAAGAGAAUUAUUUAAACAGUAUUUGUACAGGAAUGAUUCUGUCCCAAGCUUUUUGAUCCAUAUACAUGGUUGAUCACUAUAAGCGGGUUCCACUGUAUUUCCAUAUUUAAUACAUUGCGGUUGUUACUUCAUUAUACGCUUUAUACUAAUGAUACACCUUUUUAAUGUUUUAUGUUGUUGAACCAUUCAAAGUUAAUAUGUAUCGGAUUAGCAUGUUGUAUAAGUGCUGUGGUUAAAGUCAUAUUUAAAAUAUUUUUUCUAAAGCAUUGUAUUUAUGUUUAAGCAUUGUAUUAUUCUUUUAUUUCUGAGUUUUCAUUCUUUAAUUCUUGAUGCUAUUAUUUCAGUAUUUUAGAGAGACCUACACAACUUAAAGAAUAGUAAACAUCAGGUAUUCAAAAUCUUGCUCUUUAUUUAAGGGUAUAACAUUAUCACAGAGUAUAAAUGGUCAAUAAUAUACUUUAUACAUUAAAAUGGACUAUUCAGUAUUAUUUCAGGAAUAAACAACUUUGAAUUUAGAGAUCAAAGGAAGGACUAAUGUGCCAAGAAAGUGUAACAAGGCCCCCAAAACUAUUAUGCAAUAAAUGAGAGCAGUCUCUUCCUCC